UGCCUGCAUGCACUUUCACUGCAUGCAACAGGCACGGAGACGCUUGCAACUGUCUUCGCUGCCACGACUGACUGACUUUCGGCAGCUGACAAGAAUGGGGAUCCUAGAGCCCUGAUCAGUGUCGAUCAUGAAUACGCUCACUUUUGCGACCUGGCUGGAGCAAUCUGGACGAGGUUGUAGAUGACGGGCCCUGAAGCUGGACACUUCUGUUUCCAAGGAGAAGCAAGACCACACAACGACUCAAAGCAGUCUGAUUUGGAAGGAAACCUGCUUUGUUAUUGCAUGUAAAGUGGUGCUUCAGAGGACGCCGCUUCUCAACUACGAGUUCCAGGAUCAACGUUGAGCACUUUUGACAGUAGACCAUUUUGAAUGAACCCUGUCUGAACCUAAUCAGUUGACCAGUUGGCGUCUGAUCUCAGCGGAGAGCUAGGCUGUGUAGCGUCGUCCUUCAUACUCAACUGUCUGAAAAUGGCAGUGACUUCAUUGGUCAGCUCAAAGCAGAUUCUCGGCCGCCUGAGCUCCGUUUCUGGUGCCUCAGCAAUACCAUCAAAGCAGGCACGCCCGCUGACUUGCACCGCAGCGUUUGGCACGUCAGGUUUUGCAGCAAGCCUGAGCAGCAAGAAGACGCGUUGUGACAAGACUGGACCGCAAGUUAUUAGGCCCAGGAUAGCACUAGACUCGCAGCUCUUCAGCAUGGACAAAGCAGAUUCUCUUCAAACAACUGUGCCUGGGUUUUCCCCAGUGAUCAGGAAACGGGGCUCCAACCAGAAGACGACCAUGCAAGCCACUGGGACUAGCAGCAAGGAACGCACUGAUUCUAUAGCGAGUACUCAGGAGGAGGCUGCCUCCAGAUUGGGUGUGGGCGGUGCAGACUUUCUGAAUGAUCCUGACAAAGAGAGGGGCCGCCAACUGGUUCCUGAGGAUGUGCAUCCAUCCGUGCAGUUGCUGAUUGACGUGUUAAAAGAGGAGAUGCCGAAGUUCUUCUCGGAGAACGGGAUCACUACCACAAUGUACAGAGAGGAUGUGCAUUUCCAAGACCCCCAGAACAACUGGCAUCGUCUGAUUGGCUUCAAACUCAAUGUAUGGGUGCUUCGCCUCGUCUUUGCGGGGGGCAAGUAUUUGCUGCACGACAUCAAGGCCACCGGGGAGAACGAGAUCACUGCCAGGUGGACGUUCGACCUGCCCGCACGUUUCUGGCCCUGGACGCCGACUGUGAUUCUCACUGGGAUCACCAAGUAUGGCGUGGAUCUGAAGAAUGCCAAGCUGAACGCGCACAUCGACUACUGGGAUAACCUGGCAGGAAAGGAGCAAAAGCCCGUUUCGCUGGCCGCCAUUUCGUCGGUCAUCAAGCAGCUCCAGCCGAUGACGGCGUUCAAUAUCCCCCGGGACGAGCCCCACGAAGUCAUCAGGAAGACCAAGUAUUACGAGAUCAGGCGGUACGCAAUGGAUUUGACUGAUUCGUCGUCACAGGGAGAGGAGUGGAUCGCAGUCGAGCGUGCCAAGGGGACUCUCCUUCGGGCUCUGAAAAAGGAUGGUAUCGAGUUGAAAUCCGAGAAGGAAGAAGUGCGGCGUUUGGAUUCGAGUUGGCCGCACAAGAAGAUUGAGGAAAUCUACGUGCCUGUGUCGUACACGCCAUCCGUCUACGAUCCUGUAGACUUCACAGGGGCCGAAUCUUGGCGCAUGUAAGGCUUGUUGCUGCUCUGUGUAGGGCGGGCCGCCGACCUUAGAGCGGAGGGUUAGCGAUUGGACGAUUGUACAGAACAUAAAAUCUACAUUUUACCAUUUUGGUUGGACGGUGUCUCACGUAUGAGCAGCGUCUCAUUUGUGGGUAAACUCAAGAUCAAUGGGUUGAACAUACUUGAGUCAUGUUUUUCUCGCUGUGUAGCCCCCAUGUAGGUACUAGCAACGGGUUGGGAAUUUGCAUGACCGUUGUCUCCCGAAACUGUGAAAAGAUUUCUAAACAUCAUGGUGAGCGACGUUCAUGAUGCAAACUGGGC